CGCUUUCGCUUUCGUCGCUUGCUCUUGUUAGUUUCGGUUUUGCUUCCGUCACUGCUCACUGGAGGCGCUGUAUCUGUCGCCAUGACGGCCAUGACAGCUGGGCUUUGUUUUUCGCAACGUUGGUUUUCGUGAGGUGCGGUUGGCAAGGUCUCUGAUCUCUUCGUCGGCUUGGAUCUGAGUUACAGCGAGCGAGCUCGGCGUUCCCCGAUCUCGUCGUGUCAACGCCGUAUCCCCGUUGCUUGCAGUAGAGUGCGCAAGAACGGUGUUUCUUUUUCUGAACCGUACUCAUGAGCGCCGUCAAAAACACGAACGUGGCGGCGUCGAACCCGCCGAGCUCGAAGAAGCGCUCCGGCGGGUUCCUGCGGCAGGCCAAGUCCCGCAAGGACCAUCCGGCGGACUUGGAGCCCGUGAACGAGGACGAACUGACCAAGAAGGACGCCAUAACGCCCGACGACGUCCUCAGACUACAAAAGAUCACCGAAAACUACCUGUGCGCCCCGGAUGCCAAUGUGCACGACAUUGACUUCACCCGCUUCAAGAUCCGGGACAUGGAGAGCGGCAUGGUGCUCUUCGAGAUAGCAAAGCCCCCUCCCCCGUCAACACCAGACAUGGAGGAUAAGGGAGACCUGGAGUGUGAGGCAGAGUGUCAGGACCCCAAUGCCGGCCGCUUCGUGCGCUACCAAUUCACGCCACAGUUCCUCAAGCUGAAGACAGUAGGGGCCACGGUGGAGUUCACGGUGGGCGCCAAGCCGGUGAGCAAGUUCCGCAUGAUCGAGCGCCACUUCUUCCGGGACAAGCUGCUCAAGACGUUUGACUUCGAGUUUGGCUUCUGCAUCCCCAACAGCAAGAACACCUGCGAGCACAUCUACGAGUUCCCCUCCCUCUCCCAGGACCUCUGUGACGAGAUGAUUGCGAACCCGUUUGAGACCCGGUCCGACAGCUUCUACUUCGUGGACGACAAGCUGAUCAUGCACAACAAGGCGGACUACGCCUACAACGGAGGGCUGCAGCAGUAGGCGCCCCGUCCCCGGAAGGAGGACCGGUCUCUCGGUGUCUCCCAGGCGCCCCCCCUCUACUCCUCCGUUCCGGAACCUUGCCUCCUUUCCCCCGAACCGUCUUUUCACACGCGAGAUCCGCUCUCACUGCCUGCCCGCAUCACGAGGUGAUCGGCGAGGUUCUUGAAACUGCAACUGCUCACGCUUAUUCGUGAUUUGUAGAGCCACAAUUUUUUUUCCCCUCAACUUUCACUUUUUUUUUUUUGUCGUCCCCAACGUAUGCUAGUUGUUGGAUGCCUUCCGUCUGCAACACGCUGGCAGGGGUUAGAACCGGUGACAUACUAGCUCGUUGUCCUACAGCAGUUCUUCUUAGUGGAACAUAUUUGGUAGGUUAGAGUACUACAGCCACAGACAGCUAAAGAAUGCGGGGCGUGGUUUACUGUGUCUACGUUUCUUGCUUGGCAAUUUGUGUGUCGGCGUUCUGACCGGCCAAUGUUACAAUCGCAAUAGCCGUGGAGCCACAACAAGACGCUCGGGACUUGCCCCGCUUUGCACUUCUGAAGUUGUCGGUGGCCUUAGACCUACCAAAACUGCCACGGGUCUCUUUUCUACCGGCAAAUAUGGGCUGCUUUUACUUUGGAGACGCGCGCAGGCGCCGACAAUGGGGCGACAGUGCAGCCAAGCUCCUGAUCUUCGCUUUCCAGUUUUUCAUUGCUUUCUGGGGCUGGGGACUCUAGUGUAGCCAUUCUGCCAUUUGUUUUCUUUGUAGUACUUCAGUUAAUGGUGAACCCACAUUUGGUUCGUUCCUCUUGUCCGUUGCGACGGCACCCUCGUGCGUCGUUCUGCGACCGUCUUUGUGAUAUGCUAGUCUUCAAGACUGGACGUCGGACGAGAGUAGUUGUGUUCUAUCUGCCUCCUGUUCUCGUCGAGGCUGAAAAAAAAAAAUAUGUAAUCGAAUCGAAGUUGAUACUUGAACUCGAGACCCGUACGUUCGGGCACGCGGCAUGACGUCAACCUUGUUCGACUGGCUCGUCGUGGCUUCUGUCGAUUUAUGCUUCUCUGAACGUGCGGGCGUUUUCGUGCGGCUGGAUUCGCCGCACCGUCGUAAUUUGUUGGGAGUGGAAGUUUGUCCAAAUUUCAGAGGGUCGCUUUCGGUGUCUGGCAAGUGCAGAGGGUGCAGUGCCAUUCGGCGUUUGUAGCUGGUCUCAUUGCCGUUUCCUCGGGGCAAUAUACCAUUUGUGUGCGGCAGCGUCGAGCACCUUUGCAAGGCACUCUAAAGCUACCACCGCAACACUGGGGCUAAAAGAUACCGAGCCACGCGGCAAGCGUAGAUGCAAUAACAGUUAGUCAUUUUUUCUCUUCUUUCCUGUGGCAGACGACGAUUUGGUCAAGGUUCUCAAUGGCUCACCAUUAAGAGUUGCGCAACCUGCAACCUGCCUCGAAUGGUGCAGCUCGAGAAGGAAACAAAAAAAAGGACAAAUUACUACCGCGCUCUGUUUAACUGCGGUCAUGGCUUGUUUUACUCCCAAGCUUCGGGAACACUUGGUGCAAGUAAUUGGAAGAGGAAGUGGGCCCCGUGGGAGUGCCGGUCGCCUUAAUGUCGACGUAACACUCGAGGUGCAUCGUCGUAGGUUUUGUUCCCCGUGGGAUCGGGGGUGGUUUUGUAUGUAUAGGAACGCUUGCCCGCGCAAUAAAUCUGAGGUAGGGUGGUGACUGACCUGCAACUAGUGAUGCUUCGCACUACCAGAAUCUUCCUGGGGUGACAAUCGCACCUAUGCCACGAUUCUCUCGUUCGUCUGUUGCUCGGAGCCCCAUCGGGCCAACGAGUGCUAGCUCUACAUGCACGCACUAUAGUCGCCAACAAGAUGAGAACGCCCGGCCUCCGGCACAUGCUCGCGGCCUUUCGCCGUGCCUCGGCUGCGCAUGCACGCUCGAGGUUCGCAAGACGCCCGAGCUUUGCCGGAGGUGGGAGGCUCACGCUGAAGCUCCUCCCUGCCUUUUUCAUUCCGGCAGUAAUUAUAGAACGGCGCUCUACAGGUGUUGCGGUCACACCAGAGUCGACAACUCCGGUAGUUUGCAGCCGUGGCAGUACCGACGUUUCGAGGCUGCCAGCACGGUGCUUUUGUUACGUUUGCAAGAGGUGUGGCGAACUGUUGGCACGGUGGGGCUCGCACAUUAUGCUGCUCUGGUGGUACUGACUGUGUUCAUGCGAGGAGUGCAUGCAUCGGGGAAGCACACUAUAAUUUCGUGUUUCUCGCGUGGACUCAGCUGUUCGCAGGGGUCGGGGUGGAGAGAGCGAGCAGCCUGUGCCUAGGAAUCCUAGUCCAAGAAUGACGACGGUGAUAUUUUUGUUCCGGCCUUAGUCCUUAACCCUCUUGCAACUUUUAUAUUUCGAACGCCGUGUAAAGGCUAGUAAAUAAAUGGAAUGUUUUCCACGAGUUUGUCGGUGUACAGCAAGUUUCUUUUGCACUCCGUUAAGUUACCCCGACGGCGCCGAGCUUCGUCGUUAAAUAUUCCUCGCAUCCUCGUGUUCCUCCCGUCUACACGCGUCGCUGGGCACGACAAUGCACAGAUGGGGAUUCCGCAGGCACAUUAGUCCUAGCGGAGCCGAGGCUCUAACCAAACGGCCAGUGACCGGCCGUCCAACCACAGAGACAGAAAUACUUAGGCCUAGGUGUGUGAUCAGAAUUGUUCGGACGCGACUACAACUGGUAUAUUUUCUCCUCACGUCGUAGAAAGUAGCUGGAACUUUGGAUGGCGCUACUUUUGGAAUCUCAUCUGUUCCGGGCAUCUUUUUUUGUACUUUUUUUUCACUUCGGUGGCAGGGACCGGUGGUGUUCGUAUCCACCUCAGCCUGGUCCGAAAUGUGUCUGAAGAAAUUUGUUUGGCGAUCUGUGGCAACAUUGUAGCGCCCCGCUGUACGAUUCGAAAGCCGUUGCAAUGUCGUAGACAAUACUUGCACGAAUUGGAACAUUUGGUUUUGCCUGGACAGGUCGGUCUGUCACCACAAGUCCAGAGUGCAUUCUUAAAGCUCGACUUGUCCUACGACCAUUGCUGUGAUUGUAAGCGUCCUUUUAUUUUUGUGCUGUGAACUUUUUUUUUUUUUUGCUAGUAUGACAAUAUAUAUAAAUAUAUACAUACACAUAUAUAUACAUGUACAAAUCUGUUAUAUAUAUAUACGUUAUAUAUAUGCAGCAAACAUGAAAGAAUGAAUAAAAGCUUGCACUUCAA